GCCGUUGAGUCUCUUGCAUUAUAAGAUGACACCAAGCACAUUAUAAACUGGUAUUCGCAGAAGUCCAAGUUUUUAAGAUGACGAGUCAGAGUGACAUAUGGGCGCGGGGUAAGCGCUGCAGUUACAGGUGAAGUGCGACCAUGGCGGCACGGCUAUGGGCGCGGGCAUUACUUGCCGUUGCACUCCUGGCGGCUGCCCGCGCCUACCUCGUGCUCGUCCCCGACACUGCACCCUCCGGACACCCCGUCCUCGAUGCUGCCGUCUACAAACUCGGCUCCGAAAGAAAAUACUCCAUCGACGUACAUCGAACCGCCAAUUUUGUCCACCAUAUACUACGAGUCAACCGAACCACCGGCCUCGUAACUUUAAGAAAAAGACUCAGAUGUGAUGGAGUUUUCUAUCCCAAUUUGUUCACCUUUUACGUUGACUCUACUUCCGACAGAAUUAGAGACAUAGAAUACUACAGUCUGCCUAUAAGAGUUCUAGUUAUUGGAGAGGACUGCAAUAGACGACACGCAGAUUUGUAUGACAUAGAUUUCGAUAGGGUGUACGAUCAAAGUGAUUCAGCGUUACAAUAUGAGGAUGAGGAUAAUAUUAGAGAUAAGAGAGAAGUGCAUAUAGAGAGCAUAGACUGGAGGUUGUUAGAAGCAGACGAAUUAGUCUCUAGUCAAUAUAAUGUUUUGUCCACGGCGAUACCGUGGUCGAACGUCAUGUUUGAUGACUUUAGUAACAAUAGGAAUAGGACGAAGAGAUCUCAUCAGCUUAUUCCAUUUGACAUGUCUAUUGAUAUCAAGAUCGCUGAGGCGAAACAAUGGGUAUCUGAAACGUAUGCCAGCUUUGCUAUACCUACUACGGACAAGUGGCAAGGUAUUUGCCUGAAGAAAUCUCAAUUUGUAAAUUCUUUAACAGCAUUUUUGCCACGAUCUGUUCAGAAGAUGUGCAAAGUUCAGUUCUUGGAUGUCAGCGAUCCGCGAUUUAUAAUAGAGGCUAGUCAAGGCGAUUUGGUAGCAAGUAGUGACGUUUGCAUUCAAGAGCCAAUUUGGAAAAUAUCGGUUUUAUUCACGUUCAACUGCGAUAAAUCGAACAUCAUAGAUUCGGAUCAUCGUCUAAAGAUCGUGUACCACCAUCAAGAGUUAAAUGAGACUGAUAUAGCAAGAAGAGUGAAGAGGGAGCUGAGGAAUCAAUCACCAUACUUCGAACAACCGUUGUACGUAGCUUCAGUGGCGGAAGAACAACCACCUGGUGUUGUUGUUACUACCGUAAGGGCAAGGGAUCCAGAAAACAGCCCAGUGACCUACUCCAUGUCAAGUCUACUAGACUCUCGCUCGGCCGGGAUGUUCGCCGUAGAUUCCAGGACUGGCGUAAUUACCACGCAAGCUAGGCUGGAUCGUGAACGCCUUGAUGUGCAUUAUUUCAGAGUUGUGGCACAGGACGACACUUUCCCGCCCAGGAGUGGUACUACUACAUUACAGAUCAAUGUGCUGGACUGCAAUGACCACGCACCGGUAUUCGAGAUGCCUCAGUACGAAGCUUCCGUGCGGGAAGGGGCCAGCCCUGGCACCACCGUGCUGACCCUUAAAGCUACAGACCAGGAUUUUGGCAAAAAUGCUGAAGUUGAAUAUUCCAUAGAAUCAGUAACAGCAGAGGCAAGCGUUGACGACAGUAAUGAUUCAAUAGACAAUGAACAGCCCGACACUCAGGAGGUUUUCCGAGUAGACGGCAGAAGUGGAGCAUUAUUGACCAGAUCACCUUUAGAUAGAGAGAAAGUUGCGCGGUAUACUGUAAUUGUUAAAGCCACAGAUCAGGCCAGCCCUGUUUCUGAUCGUUUGUCUAGCACAGCAACGGUCUACGUAAACAUUUUGGACGACAAUGACAACUACCCUCAGUUCAGCGAAAAGACCUACACUGUGAAUAUAGAUGAGGAUAUUACUGUUGCUGACAAUCCCGUUAUUGCAAGGAUCAAAGCAACGGAUGCGGACUUAGACGCAAACGCAGCUAUUCGGUAUGCAAUAAUCGGCGGCAACACCCAGAUGCAAUUCUCGAUCGAUAGUCUCAGCGGGGAUGUAUCUCUCGUCAAGCCGCUGGAUUACGAGCAAGUUAGGAGCUAUCGCCUUGUUAUUAGAGCUCAAGAUGGAGGUAGCCCGUCUCGAUCCAACACAACACAACUGCUGGUCAACGUGCGAGAUGUCAAUGACAAUGCACCCAGGUUCUACACCUCCUUGUUUCAAGAGUCGGUCAGCGAAAAUGUUGCCGUUGGAUAUAGCAUCGUUAGGGUGCAAGCUUACGAUGCCGAUGAAGGCGUGAAUGCAGAAUUGACGUACACUUUAACGGAUAAAGACUAUAGUAAUAACGAACUUCCCAUCACUAUAGACCCUAGAUCCGGAUGGGUCUAUACUUCUGGACCACUGGAUAGAGAAGUGCAAUCUAAAUACCAGUUGCAGGUAACAGCUACAGACGGCGGUACUCCACCACGUUCCGCCACAGCGUCUGUUGUACUAGUAAUCCAAGAUGUGAACGAUAACGACCCCGUCUUCUCACCACCGCAGUACGAAGUAGAACUUGCGGAAGAUGAACCACCUGGCACGCCCGUUGUCACUGUUACUGCCACUGACGCUGACGAGGAUAACAGGUUGCACUACGAAAUAACAGGCGGCAAUAUACGCGGUCGAUUCUCAAUAACUUCUCAAAAUGGUCGCGGUUUGAUCACAGUGGCACAACCGCUUGACUUCAAACAAGAACGGCGAUAUGUACUCACAAUAACAGCUACUGAUUCCGGCGGUAGGUCCGACAACGCAAUGGUGCAUAUCAAUAUUACUGAUGCCAAUAAUUACGCGCCUGUUUUUGAGAAUGCUCCUUAUACCGCAUCGGUGUUCGAAGACGCUCCAAUAGGUACUACAGUUCUGGUAGUAUCAGCAACGGACAGUGACGUAGGAAUGAAUGCGCAAAUCACAUAUACGCUCAGCUCGGAGAUAUCCAACGAGGCUGUGGCCCAUCAUGAACAUGAGUUCAGUAUCAACCCACAGACAGGAGCUAUUACUACUAACAAGUUGUUGGAUAGAGAAACCAUGAGUGGUUAUUUAUUAACAGUAACAGCAAGAGACGGUGGUGUACCUUCCCUGUCAGACACAACGGAUGUAGAAAUAUCGGUAGUUGAUGUGAACGACAACGAACCUGUAUUCAAACAACAAAUUUAUAGCUCUAGCAUUAUGGAGGAUGCUUUAGUUGGUACAUCGGUAAUUCAAGUGAGUGCAACAGAUGCGGACGUCGGCCUCAACGGUCGAGUUCACUACGAAUUAGAUCAGAAAGAUAAGGAAGAAGGGUCGUUCGUCAUCGAUUCUGCUUCCGGAGUUAUAAGAACUAACAAGGCGUUGGACAGAGAAUCAGUUGCUACUUACGACUUGAAGGCUUUGGCUAUCGAUGGGGGCACUCCACCGCAAAGUUCUAGUGUGAUAGUCCACAUAAAAGUAGAAGAUAUAAACGAUUCCCCGCCCGUGUUUGCAAGCGAUUGUCUGACGUUCUACGUGCCAGAGAACAGCCCUAUCGGCACAACUAUUGGAGAAAUCUAUGCUCACGACCCCGACGAAGGAGCCAAUGCUGUUGUACAUUAUUCUAUUAAAGGUGGUGACGAUUCCAACAGUUUUUCGCUAGAAACUCGCCAAGGCUCCGACAAGGCAGAACUUGUCACCAUGGUUGAUCUCGACUACGAAAGUCCAAGAAAGAAAUAUGAGCUAGUUAUUAGAGCAGCUAGCCCACCUCUGUGGAAUGACGUCAGAGUCGAAAUAUUAGUCACCGAUGUGAAUGACAACGCUCCAAUGAUGAAGGACUUUCAGAUUAUUUUCAAUAACUAUAAAGAUUGCUUUCCCGUUGGACCUUUUGGUAGAGUGCCGGCUUAUGACGCCGAUGUUACUGACAAGCUCCAAUUCCGAAUUCUAUCUGGCAACAACGCGAAUUUAGUAUUAUUAAAUGAAACGACGGGAUCAAUGACAUUGUCACCUCAACUGAACACUAAUGUGCCGAAACUAGCUACCAUGGAAAUAUCUGUAUCAGAUGGCGUGAACGAAAUAAAAGCGAUGAUGCAGCUGUCAGUCCGACUCAUCACCGAAGAGAUGCUAUUCAACUCAAUCACAGUGCGCCUGAAUGACAUGACCGCGGAACAAUUCCUCUCACCUCUGCUUGGAUUCUUCAUUGACGGCUUGGCUGCUAUUAUACCUUGCCCAAAGGAGAAUAUUUAUAUAUUUAGUAUACAGGAUGACACUGACGUAACUGGCAACAUUUUGAACGUAUCAUUCUCCGCUCGACGGCCAGAAGCAGAGAUUGGGGUGUCUGGUGACACUUCCCAAUACUAUUCUCCGACGCACUUGCGAGAGAGGGUGUACUUACAUCGAUCUACCUUAGCCAGGCUUGCUACGGUACAGGUGCUGCCGUUCGACGAUAACAUCUGCGUCCACGAACCCUGUCUCAACUACGAGGAAUGCCUCACCGUCCUCAAAUUCGGCAAUGCUUCCGGCUUCAUUACUAGCGAUAGUGUCUUGUUUCGACCUAUUUACCCUGUCACUACGUUUGCAUGCCAGUGUCCUCAAGGUUUCACAGGUUCGAGAGAACACUACAUGUGUGAUACUGAAGUAGACCUAUGUUAUUCGUCGCCUUGUGUUAACAACGGUACAUGUCUACGGAGGGAAGGAGGGUACACUUGUGUUUGCACUGCUGGCUUUACAGGAGUAAACUGUGAAACAAUUCUCACAAAAGAAACCUGUGACGUGAACGGUGCGGGUACAAUCUGCCGCAGUGGUUCCCAAUGCGUAGCGAGGAGGGAAGGUGGAAUCUUAUGCCAGGGCUGUACAAUCGACGCUGCGUACACCACGGCGCUAUGCGAAUUGAGGGCAAGGAGCUUCCCUGUCUCCUCUUUCUUGACAUUCCCUAGCUUGAAGAGACGACAUCGAUUCCACUUGAAAAUGAAAUUUGCAACCCAAACGACUUCUGGACUUCUUCUGUACAACGGGCGUUACAACGAGCGUCAUGACUUCAUAGCUCUAGAAGUAGUCAGCUCAGGGGCCGGGCACAACGGUGGCGCGGGUCUGCGGUUCACAUUCGGCCUUGGAGGAGCCAAGACUGAGGUCACUGUAGCUGGAGAUGUCGCUGAUGGACUGUGGCAUAGUGUGGACGUGGAGUAUUUUAACAGGACGGCCACAAUAAUACUGGACGAAUGUGAUAAAGCGCUGUCAUUGGCUGGCGCCGCAGAAUUCGGCAUUAGGUACGCCUGCGCAAACUUCAGUAGGAAAGUACUGCCACCACGAUGUGAUAUUCCUACAGAGACUUGCCACAGGUUCCUUGAUUUAACUGGCCCUCUACAAAUAGGUGGUCUACCAAACAUACCCAGUAGUUUCCAAGUGAAGAACAAAGAUUUUGUUGGAUGUAUUUCCGACUUCCAUAUUGACCACAAGUUCGUAGAUUUGAACAGCUUCGUAGCGGACAAUGGAACUUUGGCUGGUUGUCCUGAAAAACGCUCACAUUGUGCAUCAGCGCCAUGCUACAAUGGGGCGCAAUGUCACGAUUUAUGGGACACGUAUCUCUGCGAAUGUGAUGAAGGUUACACUGGGAAAGACUGUGCCGACUCUACGUCCGCGCCAUGGCGAUUCAGUGGCGAUGGAAUGCUAUCGUUCAACCCCUUACUGCGUCCAAUACAACUGCCAUGGCUCAACGCUUUAUCAAUUCGUACAAGGCAACAGGACGCCUUUCUCAUGUCCAUACAAGUUGGACAGAAUAGCACCAUCCUUAUUACCUUGAAAUCAGGCCUACUGCACUAUUCUUACAAUGGGGAAUCAAUGUUUCUUCCUUCAACGACAUUGGCCGAUGGUACAUGGCACCGCAUAGAGAUCAAAUGGCUCGGUACAGACAUCUCGGUAAAUAUAGACUACGGACAUCGCAACGCUUUACUGCCAAUGUUAGCCAAUAAAAUUCAAGGGCAAUAUAUAGGCAAGAUUUUGAUUGGCGGACCGGAUAGCACGGCUGGUUUAUUGGCAUCGGAAGUCGGAUAUUUUGAAGGAUGCAUACAGGAUGUGCGCGUAGGAACAGCUCAGUCUUUACUGAACCGGCCAACGAUAAAAGAAAAUGUCAGAGAUGGAUGUCAAUCUAGAGCUGAUUGUAUGUUGUCGAUAUGUCCCGCUUAUAGCAAUUGUGUAGCAACAUGGGACGCAACAGAAUGCGUGUGUGAGACCGGUCGCAUAGGCCCUCAUUGCCUGGCGGCGUGUGAUUUGAACCCUUGCGGCGAAUACGCCAAGUGUAUACCUGAAGAAUCUUCUAAAGGGUACCGAUGUCAGUGUGAUGACCGAUAUUUGCUGACAUCGAACGGAUGUAUUGAAGAAGGAAUAGAAGAGUGUCCAGGAGGAUGGUGGGGAGUAAAAGCCUGUGGACCAUGCGAUUGUGACACUAUACACGGAUACCAUCCAUAUUGCGAAAGGAACACAGGGCUUUGUCACUGUAAGGAAAACCAUUACAAACCAGCGGGCUCGCACGACUGUCUCCCCUGCCAGUGCUACGCAGCCGGCUCACUGAACAGCUCGUGCGAAGUGGACAGCGGGCAGUGCUACUGCCGUGGCGGUGUCAUCGGCAGGGCCUGCGACUCUUGCGCCAAUGUUUAUGCUGAAGUAGCUCCUAAUACUGGUUGCGAAGUUAUAUAUGAUGGGUGCCCUCGUUCAUUCUCAAAUGGAGUUUGGUGGCCGCGUACCAAGUUUGGCGUUGAAGCUAUUACAGAUUGUCCUUCAGGCACAAGUGGCAAAGCGACGAGAAUGUGUGACGAGAGUCAAGUGGUGCCCUGGCAGGAACCUGAUAUGUUCAAUUGUACCACUUCCACCUUCUAUCAACUCAGUAAACAGCUUCUUAAAAUAGAAACAGGCGAGUUAUCUGUAAAUACAUUCGUCGGUGUACGUUUAGCUGAGGAUCUCACAGCCGCGUGUGCUAACACGCCAAAGUUGUACGGCGCUGAUGUAAUGGUCGCUAACGGAAUUUUACACGAACUCAUGAACUAUGAAUUGCGCCAAGCGGGGCUAAACUUGACACAUAGUCAGGAUAAAGACUAUGUUCGGAACAUAAUAAAAUCAGCAAACACAAUCCUGAACUCACAGUACCAGAAAGAGUGGAAGCGUAUCAAGGAUAUAACUGGACACGGCGUCGACCAUUUAUUACAGAAGUUCGACAAAUAUAUCGCUAUACUGGCCGAGAGUCAACAUGAUACAUAUACAAGUCCCUUCGAGAUAGUUACCAGCGACAUGGUAAUCGGCGUAGACAUUGUAACAGCAGAAUCAAUCUAUGGAUUUGAACCAACACAACUGAACAGAUAUAACACGGACACCCCAUCAUACACUACGGAACGCGUUGUUCUACCAGACACUUCUUCCUUUAUACACUCUCCCAUACAACCUGGGUACUAUAGCAAUGGCAAGAAAAGCAAGAAGCCUUCUAGCCCUACUGUAUCAUUCCCGAAGUAUAAUAAUUACGUGAAGAACAAGAACAAGUUUGAUAAACACACGAGAGUACUAUUGCCGUUGGAUUUGCUUGGGAUUAACAAUAAUAAUGUGCAAGAAACUUUAGAAACAAACUACGAAUCUCGUGCCGUGUUUUCCUACCUGCAAUACUCCAGAAAUACAUCUCAACUGAUGCCAUUACGUUUCGACGAGUCUGUCACGAGACGAUGGGGCGUGAAUAUUACUUUAGGUUCUCCUAUAUUGCAAGUUGCAUUGUUUGUACCUGAAUACGUGUGGAUGAAGGAAUCUAAGGAAACUAGUGAGGAUAACUCUUUGGAAAAUGUUAUGGAGGAUAUUGAAGGGAUAACCUACGCCAACAAAGGUCACCACCAACCUAAACAAAACCACAUAAACAACAACCUCCAAAAACCCUGGGCAGCCGACGAAGACCAUCACGAACAUCACGGGCCAGUUGUAAUACAACCAGCAUUCAAAAAGCAAGAAAAAGUCUACACCAAUAUCCAAGAAAACGACUCCACAUUUACAGAUAAAUUAGAAAACGACGAAGGUCCAAAAGUCAUGGCCUUAAUCAUGGAACUGGAGAAAAAAGAUUCUAUUAAUUCCACCAAACAAACAGGAAAAAAGAAGUUGGUGUAUAAAACCAUGAGUGGUGUAAGAUUGAAGAAGCCUGUUCGAUUACAGAUGUGGUUGGAUAUUAAUAAAGAGACUUUCGGUUCAAGAACUAAUCCGCAGUGUGUUCAUUGGUCAAGUUUGAGAGGAACUGGCGAAUGGUCACGCGUAGGUUGCCAUACAGAGAUCGACUACGACUGGUCCCCAUACUCGAAUGAGCCGUUGCUAAUCAACUGCACCUGCAACCAUCUGUCGACUUUUGCCGUGCUGGUCGAUGAAGUUGACAUUGAGUUCAUCCCCGAACCAUCAUUACUAGAGUCUGUAACAUCGUACACGGCGUUCAGUCUAUCACUACCACUACUUCUGAUGACCUGGACAGCACUAAGCCUCAUGCGUGGUGGAGCAGCCACUGUGUCCAACUCUAUCCAUAAGCAUCUAAUAUUUUGCGUAUUUAUGGCUGAGUUGUUGUAUUUAAUCGCUUUGAAGGCACGCUCUUCGCUUGUGCAGAAUGAGUUCGCAUGCAAGCUCAUAGCUAUGUCUCUACACUACUGGUGGGUGGCGGCACUGGGUUGGUCAGCAUGCGACGCGUGGCAGCUGCGGCGUCUAGUCCGGGAGUUGAGAGAUGUGAACCACGGAGGUUUAGCUGCGCAUUUGGCCGCGGCGUAUGCUGCCCCAGCUGUGGCGCUCGCUUUAGCCGCUGGACAUCAUCAGCAGCAAUACGGAAACGCUUUGUUUUGCUGGGUGAGCUGCCAUGAGCCGGUGGUAUGGUGGGUCGUGAUCCCCGCGGCAGUGUACGCCACGGCGGCGUUUAUAUUCCUCGCAGGCGCCACCCGCGCCGCCUUCACUGUACGUGACCAUGUGACUGGAUUUGGCAACUUGAGGAUGUUACUGGCAGUAAGCAUAAUCUGUCUACCCCUGCUUUGCGUGGCGUGGGCCAGUGGCCUCAUACUAGGCAGCGAGUCUGGCGAUCGCCGCAAUAUGCUAAGCUCUGUACUAGCCGGCGCCGUUACUUUACAUGCUGCCGCCGCCAGCCUCGGAUACAUCGCCUUUAAUAUUCGCGUUAGGGACAAUUUGAAAAGGACAAUUCUGCGAUGCAUGGGCAAAAAAGUUCCUUUGGCCGACACUUCUAUUAUUGUCAGCAGUAGCGCACAAAAUUUGUCUCAAAUCAAUCGAUCUUCACUGGCCUACCAUAGCAGCAGUGAACCUGGACGUCAAAUGCGUAACAUCGGAAUAUCUGCAUCAUCUACUACAUCGAGGUCUACGACAAAAACCAGCUCUAGUCCUUACAGUCGCAGUGACGGCCAACUUCGUCACACAAGCACAUCAACAUCGAACUAUAAUACCAGUGCAAGUGAUAUGCCAGCGUACUUAAGAGGAUUUGAUUCUUCCCUACAAACAAGAAAGGACGACGAAGGCCGUCGACGACCAAAGCGCGCAACAACAGACCGGGAAGCAACGGGUCAAACUGAAGAAGCUACGGAAGCAACGGAUAGCGACAGUGACAGUGCGAGAAGCUUGGACUUGGCGUCUAGUCACUCUUCAGAUGAUGAUGAGACCAGCACAAGAAGGUCUAGCCAUCCACCGUCUGCUAACCGCGACCAAGGCACGAGUAGUGCUGGAGGAAGCUAUCUUCCUAACAUUACUGAGGGUGCUCCAUUAGUAAUAUCGCCAAGAUGGCCGGCACACAUAAGAGAAGAACCAAACCGAGACAUGAGUCGCUGGUCGCAAGAGACAGGCUCCGACAACGAAGUCCUCAACAGUGGCAUGGCGUCGCCUUCUCCAAACCCUCUUCCGAAUCCCGAUUUAACCUCAGAUGUGUAUCAAUUGAGUCGGCAUAGACUCAAACCGAGCAUACUUGAAAAUGUUCAUGAUACGUAUGUGGCCAGUGUUGAUGCAUCUAGACUGCCUUUGGAUAACAGAUACGGAGUAAUGGAAGACGAACUAAUGUAUGGAGUUCUGCCUUCUGAUACAGAAAAACAAAUGCCAUACGAUCCAAACUACCCAAUAUCACCGACAAUGUAUCGUCUUCCGACCAAUCCCUACGGUUCCAAAACAUACCUUUCAUCAAGGACGUCAGAUUACGGCUACAGCCCUACAAAAUACUUAAACUCGGAAAAUGUAUACGGAUCCAGAGAUUUUAGGGACUCGGUGACGACCAGAGAACAUGACGGGUAUCCUCCAAGAGAUUUUAGGGAUUCAGGAAUAGCGACUAUGCUGAAAAACGAUUAUCAAAGGAAAAUUGAAAGUCAGUACGGCGAUUACACUGAUAGAAUGUCUGAGGGCUCGGACAAACAUCAUCCGCAUGAUAAAUAUCUGUUCCCUUAUACUGGUAAGUUUGUUAUUCUUUUCAUCUUGCUUCGGUGUGAAAAAGUUUUUCGUUUGAAAUUAUUAUUUGUUUUGUUACCCUAUGUACUCCCCCAUGUACUGUUUUUAGUUACCUUUCUCAAAUGUUUAGUUUAUUACACUAAAACAUGUUCACAACCGUAAUUUACACUAAGAGUAUUAUCACACUGCGGGCGCCUGGCGAUUUAUGAGCGAUUUGAAGGCGAGGCCGCCAGUGUAAUAAGGCUCUUAUUAUCAUCAGCACAUGCUCUUAUAUAUCGAAUAGGUUAUUUUAGAUGCACUAUACACACUUUCAUUGGUUCUGACUGAAAAUCAACGUCAC